AUAAUCUCUCAAAUCUGAAAUCUUUUCUUUCCUUUCUUCCUUCUCCUUUCUGUCACUUCUCUGCUUCAAACUUGCAACCUUUCUCCCCUUUACCAGAGGAAAACCAACAACCCCAGAAACCACAGACCAAUUUCCCCAUUUCCGCAGAAGUCACAGAAAGGCCCAGAAAUUCAAAUGCCUUGACAAUCCAACAUCUCUGAAAGUGAAACCCUUUUGCAUAACCAUUUCCCCGUUCAAUACAAACAAAGGGUACAGAUGAGUUUCAGCUCUCUUCACUCCCAAAGUUUCUACAUUGCCCUGAAAAUCCCCACCAGCUUCUUUCGCCGCAAGCUCUAAAGGGUAACUGGUUUUCCCCCUGAAGCCCAAAUUCCAUCGUCUCUCUGCCCAUUUCAGUUGAGGAAAACAGAACGACGAAAUCCCUCUCUGUCUCUGAUCAUAUAUGGCGAACAACCCAGUCUCCGGCGGUUUCGUCGGUUUUGGCCUCCUCUCCUGCGAUCCUCUCUGGAUACCUCCUCCUUCCGUCGAUUUCCACGGGGAAAGACAUAUGGUGGAUUUCGACAAUGUUGGGUGCGGAGACGCCAUGGACGGAGGAUGUCUCUUCCACUCUCUGGUGAAAGAAGAGCUCUGCGACGAGGAUUUCGAACUGGGUUCCAGCCCUAGAGGGAAGAAACGGCGGCUGACCAUUAGUCAAGUUCAGUCCCUGGAAAGGAGCUUCGAGAUGGAGAACAAGCUGGAACCAGAGAGAAAAGUCCAGCUUGCCCAGGAGCUCGGCUUGCAGCCUCGCCAGGUCGCCAUUUGGUUCCAGAAUCGCCGGGCUCGGUUCAAGAACAAGCAGCUGGAGAGAGAUUUCGACUCCCUCCGCGCCAAUUUCGACCGCCUCAAAGCCGAUUACAGCUCCCUGCUCCAUGAGAACGAAACCCUAAAAAACCAGGUGAAUUCACUGAAGGAGAAAUUAGGGGUGAAGGGGAAUCUGACUAAUUCAGGUGGAACGGCGACGUUUCUAGUCCCGGCGGCGAUUGUCCCGCCGCCGCCGAUGAAGCCAGAGGAAGCUGCCGCCGCGGCGGCGAAGAAGAGUGACCCGAUUAUCAAUUCGGACAGCCCGCAUUCGGUGUUGAUGGAAGCGACGGAGUCGUCGCAAGUCUUUGAGGAGAAUCAGUCGGAUUACUUCUCCCAGGACGAAGACGAUACUCUGCACAACAACAACAACAACAGCAACGAACUUCUGAUGAUGGCUCAGCAACCCAUUAAUGGCUUCCCCAAAUUCAACGAGCUUCCCGGCGUGCCCAAUCCCUGCGGUUUCGAGUUUCCUGUGGAGGAUCAGCCCUUUCUGGUGCUGGAUUCGAUGAAUUGGAUGUGAUUUUUAAACCAUAAGGAAAGUCCGUCCAGAGUUUCCCGGAGGCUUUGUAAGAACCAGAAAGCAACCCAAAAAUGUUCAGUAGUAGUUCCAAUUUCACCACAACUCAUCACAAGAAAAGAUUGGCGCUCUUGGUGCUAACCACGGUAGUUUAAUCAUGUGGUUGCUGUAAGCAAUGCAUGGCACUCAGACGAGAAAGUUGGCUUGGAGUGAAGCGAAGUUGCCCAGGGCGUCAAUGGUUUACUUAAUUAGUAAAUAAGUAAAAUGUAGAGUGCUUUACUUGCUGAGUUAUUAUAACUCUCUGCUUAGGGCGAGUUCCCUGUGUAAAUAAGCAAAACCAAAACCCAUUUUCAGCCUGUCUUGCUGAAGCGGAGUUGUCUGAUAUUUCAGUUACUUUCUUUUUCCUUCAAUGGCGAAGCUUAUUCAUGGUCGGAUGAAAGCAAAUAAACAAUAUAUACUUCUUCGUUUCCUUUUUGGGGGUGGAUCUUCCUUCGCAUAACCAUGACUUGUGGCCCUGAGGGAGAAGACACUGGAGGUUGUUGACAGCCACCAAAACAAAACAACUUUUGAAACAAAACCAAAGGGGAUGUUGACAUACUAUUGCAAGGUUAGACAUAGAUUUUUGAGUUACUAUUGCAACUUGAUCCUAGAGUGAUUACUAAUAGUAAUACUUAGGGAUGACAAUCAAACUCAUGGCCGCGGGUACCCGAUCGCCCCCGACCCAGUCAACGCGGGGAAUCUCCGCUUUGACCGGAUAUGGGGCGGGUAUGGGUAAAACCAGCAAAAAGUUUGAUGGGUAUGGGGCGGGUAUGGUUUUGGCCUCCCCUGCCCCAUACCCAUACCCAUACCCGUUCCACCAAGAGAAUUUCUUCACAUAUAAAAAUAUAUGUGGAUUAAAUUGUAAUCUAUCAAUGGUGAUGAGGUUAACUCGAGGAGAUACAUAGUAGAAAUGCAAUUGAGUGACCACUUUAAUCAAAAUCUAAUUCAUUU